AAAAAUAUCUUUUAAUGUGUUAUGACAUCCUGGAGAAUCAUCAGAUCUUACUACUCUUUUACAUUUUAAUGUAGAUUUCUCCUCCCCUUUCCAAUAAAGCAAUGGCUUUCAGCUGUUUCAUUUUAUUUGGUGGGGAGCACUAGAAAUUCCAGCCUACAGCCUUGCUGGGCACGCAACAGCAAUAUCUUAGCGCUGGAGUUGGAGGAAGGUCCACACGCUUGCGCCGUUUACACAGCAUCUGCUUUCAGUAGUCUUUGUUUCUUGAGCUCUAGGUGGCUCUUCAAAAACUGUUAGGCUAAGCAAACAAAAGGAAAAGAAAAACAGACAUACUGUGGGGCCUUGGGACUCUCUGAAACUUUCAUCUAGAGAGAACCGGUUAAGCCUUCAGAGACUGGAGGGGAGGGUGUGUGCGAUUGGUACGCAGAGCAAAGAAAGAUCAGCCCAGGACGCAGGGCCGCUGGAUAGCGCCUUCCACCAGCGCAAGGAAGUCUCCUUAACAAUCCAGGGAUGUACGGGGGGAGCAGAAAAGUGCUCUCCAUCCUCUCAUCUGUCCCAUCUAAGUAAAAGUGAACCCUGCUUCAGAUGAACUGCAAAGGAUAGUCUGCAGACUUAUCUUUAUCCUAUAGAUACACUGGGGAGUUUCAACCUCUCCCCCAGGUGAUGGGCUAGACAUCACCUGCCCAGCGUCUUCAGCCAGCUCCCUCCCACACCCGCCAGGGCCUAAAGGACGGAGGCGGGAGAGGAUGCGGCCCCAAGGGAGCCACCGCACAUCCGGGCUUGCCUGGAGCCGCCAGCGCGCUGCAUAAUUGAUGGGGCGCCGGGCGCAGUUCUGGGUCAGCCUCGGGCGCGCCGAGAGCGACUCCUGGGAGGAGGGCAGGGCGGCCGGGCCCCUCCCACUCGCCUUUUCUCGCGUGUCCUGCCCCCGGCACCGGCACUGGGCUCUGGUCCCUGGCGAGUGUGCGCAGGGACAGGGGCACCGACGGCCGUACGCGGAGAGAGCAGCCUCGGCGAGGACCUCGGCGGCCCGCCGGCCAUGCGCGCCCUUCCCGGCCCGGGGGGGCCCCGGGCGCCGGCCCCCCUGCUGCUGCUCCUCUUGUGCCUCCUGGCCGCGGCGCGCCCGAGCUGGGCGGACGGCCAUCCCUCAGCUUCACCUGUUACAAGUCUGCCUGUCCGAGAGGAAAUGAUGGCAAAAUAUUCUAACCUUCCUUUGGAGAGUCAUAACAUAUCACUAACUGAACAUUCUGAUGUGCCAGUGGAAAAAAAUAUCACUUUACAAAGACCUUCUAACGUAGAACUCAUAUGCCAAUUCACAACAUCUGGGGAUUUGAAUUUAGUAAAUGUCACUUGGAAAAAAGAUGAUGAGCUACUUGAGAGUAAUUAUAUGAUCAAUAUAACAGGAAGCAUCAUGUACACCCUAUACACGGUCACCAUCAUUAAUAGCAAACAGAUGGGAAGUUAUUCUUGUUUCUUUGAAGAGGAAAAGGAACAAAGGGGCACAUUUAAUUUCAAAGUCCCUGAACUUCAUGGAAAAAACAAACCAUUGAUCACUUAUGUGGGGGAUUCAACAGUCUUGAUAUGUAAAUGUCAAGAUUGUGCUCCUUUAAAUUGGACCUGGUACAGUAGUAAUGGGAGUGUACAGGUUCCUCUCGACGUUCAAAUGAAUGAUAAGUAUGUGAUCAAUGGAACAAAUGCUAAUGAAACAAGGCUCAAGAUAAUGCACAUUUCAGAGGAAGAUCAGGGCUCUUAUUGGUGCCACGCAGUGUUCCAGUUAGGCGAGAGCGAAGAACGCCUUCAACUUGUGGUUCUCAGUUAUCUGGUGCCCCUCAAACCAUUUCUUGGAAUAAUUGCUGAAGUGGUUCUUUUAGUGGCUAUUAUUCUGCUUUGUGAAAUGUACACCCAAAAGAAAAAGAAGCAGCCAGAUGAUGGGAAAGAAUUUAAACAAAUGGAACAGCUGAAAUCAGAUGAUAGCAAUGGUAUAGAAAAUAAUGCCACCAGGCACAGAAAAAAUGAAUCUGUGAGCCAGUGAAUGAGAAGCAUCAUGUCAAGACUCACGGGAAGAUACAGUUUGUAUUUCAGCUUUGUGUAUGCUUCCUGUUAAGAACAUCUGAGUUUUUAUUUUUAAAAGGAUGGAAAAUUUAUGCAACAUGCUCAGCAGUAGCUUUGUAAAUAAUCUAUGCUAUCAGAUCUAAAGAUAUAUUUUCAUUCUGUAAUUAUUUUACAUUAAAGCCAGAUAAAUUGUAUUAAAUGUAUUCUAUGAGCUGCAACCCAGGAUAAUUAAUUUCAUCCUGAUCCUGAAGGGACACAGAGCAGACACCAGCAAAACCAGUUACUAGUACAUAGAGCUAAUGUCUCUCAAGACCUGUUUAUAACCAAAGAUUCAUUAAAGAGAAAAACUUUGCCAUUUAUCUUGAAAGUUUUUUUUCCAGUCAUACUAUGUCUAGAAGUAUUUGUAAUAAUUUUCAUCCCUCUGUCAUAUUGAAAACUGUGUCCAUUAGGAAAUGAAUACUUUCUACCUUUGCUAAUGAAGCUCACUCUACAAUCUCCACAAGAAAAACGUACUUUUCCUCCAAAAAUAUUGGUUUAAGGUAAGGAAAUAAAACUUGCCCCAAAUCUCCAUCACCACAAAAGCAGAUUUCCCAAUCUUUAUUCUACUCAUCUCCACUGCUUUCCCACACCAGGCUAAAGUGAUUCUUAGUCUUUAUGCAGAGCAUUUUUUUUAAACCCAUGGCUUUGGGAUAUCUUAGGUCACACCUGGUGUUGGCGUUGUAGAGUGCAGACCCAUAUAGCUAUAAUAUAGCAUUGCUACAGGGAUGGUCCUGCGAGUCAUGGUUUCCUGGUAUCUGUGGCUUGAUAUCUGGUUUCCUGGUAUCCAGGGCUGGCCAAACAUCUAAAAUAUAUUAUUAGAGCUUCACAAUACUAGUUCCUUUGUCUGAAAUUCAGGACUAAAGUCCUUCUGCUAUGUUGUUGCAAAUGCCUUACACUUUUCUUCAAAAAUAGAAUAGUUUCUAUUGCAAAUAUAACUGAAAUAUUUUACGAAAUCACUGUAACCAAAUCACAUGGAAUCUGAAUAGACAUGCAAGGUUGUCAGUGGCUUUGAAUGGAAUGUUAAAAUCAUAGUGCAGGAUACUAGAUUGGGUUGAAGAUGAUGACAUGAAAUCUGCGGGGUGUCCUUGGUGCUGGAGGGUCCUGUGCCCCACCCCCCACAGUGCAGCAGGGUUCAGAACAAUCAGAAGCAAAGAGGGAAGAGUUUGGGAUGGGAGCAAGGAGCCCAGAAUUCUUGGUAACUAGGAGAUUACAGCUGGGAAAAGAAGAGUUCAAUGAUUUGGAAAAAAAAUAUAGAAAUUUACAUGAUAUACUGGCUGAGAAAAUUAUAAUAAAAUUCUGGUAGUAAUAAUUUUAUAUGGCAUCUUAACAAAUGUUAAAAAUAUUACUAGUAUGAAUAAUACACAUAAAGGAGUGACUUGGAAGCUGCUCAUUAUUUUGUUGCAACAGUAUUUUGUGUAAAGCAUGUUAACUAUAUGUACAAGUUUUGUUGAACUAGAAUACAUCCUUUAAGUAAUGGCAGAUAUUGUUUUAUUCUUGGUCUCAGAACCAUGAGCCAUGCAUUUGGUUUGUUUUAAUUCAUUAUUAAUUUGAUAAAAUUAUCUUGGGUGAUAUCUAUAUGAUGACAACAACCAAUCAGUUAACUUAAUUAAUCGAAACAGUUUGAAUUCAGUGAUAAAUUAGUCAGACCUUCCAUUUAACUAUAUCCAAUUCAAAACAGUACAUUUAUGACUGGGUUAUAUACAAAAUCAAUGACAAUUCGCAGCUCAUAUGCAGUGUGCCUCCUUCCCAUUUUGCCACCACUAAUUAGGCUAAAUUACUUUUUAAGCAAGAAAAAUUGCUGCCCCAAGGUAAAAUAAUCUGAAAUGUUUAUAUAGUAAAUCAAAUUUUUAAGUGGCAACAAUUGCUGUUUUUCUUAGCAAAGUCAAUUCAUUUCAGUAACUUGAAACAGAAAAAGUACUCGGAAAAUUAAAGUUGAAUUUUGCCUUUUCAGAGUCUCUCUCUCGAGUAUUUCCAAAAACUUUCUUCACCACUGUUACAUUAAAAAUGGCAUACUUCCCUUAGCGAACCUCGUGGAGAUGAUAAAUGGAUUAACUAAUAAUGACCAAUUGUAAAUUGACUGAAAAUACUAAGCAAGCAGAAAAGGUGAAGUAGGAAAACUACUCCACAUUUAUAUAUGACACCUUGAGAAAUUCUACUAAUCUUUCCAGCUAACAGGGUUUGCAGCAUAAUAAGUAGAUUUCAUGAUGUCUUAAAAUUCCCAGAUACCUUCCUAUUCAGUUUGUGCUCUAAUGUAAAUCUUCUCCCUUUGUAAUCUUUCUCUUUUUCCUCAGCAACUACUUACUCAGGCCAAAACCUAGAAAGUUGUGAUAUUUUCUUCCCCUCUAUCAACUAAUACUUAUUGUCAUGAAUCUCUGUUCCUCUGGUCUUCUUAAGAGUUCGUUAAUCCACCCUGUGCCUCCCCGACUCUACCCUCGCCAGCUGCAACAGCUAAGGUCUUGAUCUUCCUACCUCAGUCUCAUCUUCUGUUAAUCCUUAUGUUCUGCACUGCUGCCCGAGUUACCUUUCUGGAACACAGAUCUCAGUAUGUAAGUUAAUGUGGCAGCUUCCAUGCCAAAACUCUGCAGGCUCACCUUUGCCAUUUCUUAAUAUUGCAGUUUUCCAAAUUGCUCAUCUCUCUCCGAAGUCUUGACUUAGCCUUGACAUAUAAAGAUUCAUGCAGAAUGCUGUCUCCCGUGUUCCUCCCCAUGGACUAACUCAAAGUUUAGCUUUCAAGACUUUAAUCUGAAGUUACAUCUUGGCAGAUCCCUCACACCCAGUGGGCUCUGUACUGUCUUAUGUGCUCGAAUAACUCCACAUUUCUUUGUGUUUAAUACCCUGUAUUAUAAAUAUGCAUUUAUUUGUCUCCUUCCUGGAUACAGCUUUUUAUUUCUGUGUCCUGUACCUACCACAGAGGGGUACGUUAGACAUGUCCUGAAAUGUGUGUUGAAUGGAUAAAUGUGUAAGUGAAGAUCAAAAUUUCAUAAAUUUGAACAAUCUAAAUUGUGACAUCAGAAUUGAAACAGAAUAUUUGAACAGAGAUAAGCAAGCUUUUAUAGCUUGUGUUGCUCUAUUACUUUGAAAAACACAUAGUAAAAGAAUAAAAAGUCCUGUCAGAGUUUAAUAAUGCAUCAAUAUCUAGUGAACAAAGGGAGUUCUGAUGCCUAAACUACUAUACAGGCUAUGUUGCUUUCAACUGAUUUAAAUUCCUGUUGUCUUCUAUUUUCCUGGGCAGUACAAAUGUUAACCAUAUUUUAUCCUUUAUUUUAAUAAAAUAAUGUGUUGACUUUAGGAAUUUUAGCAAUUGGAGUCCUUUGCACAGCCCUGUAGCGAGUGUUGAUAUUUCUGCCCACUCCACUAACUUUCUCAUUCCUCCUCCCCACCAAUACCUUCUAGUCCUUUAGAACAUCUCAGAAUCCAACUCAAAAUUUUAUCUUAAACAAAAAAAUUUUUUAAAGAGCUUUCAUUGUUUAGUUUUGAUCACUGAAAGUUUGUCUUUAAACAAAUUCAUCAAAAGAAAAAAAUGUCGGUUCUGCUUGCUUUUUCCCUGGGUCUUCAUCUUUGAGGCAUUUAAAUCGAUUUAUGCAAAAUGAAUUACUGAGUAUCUACUCUACUUCUUUAUAGAAGAUGACUCUUUCCUAGUUGAAGAAGGCUAUGCAAUGAAUCAGGGCCUUACUCCCUGUUAGCAUUGCUAAUCUGUAGGCGGGAGUAAGUUCCAGUAUGUGUUCCAGUAUUCAUGAAAAGGCACAGUGACCUACUUAUGGCAUGUUCUGAAUUAAUGUGUAUUAAAUGAGUGAAAAAUAGGUGAAUGAUUCAAUUAUUUUGGAGUCUUAAGUUAUACAUAUUUACGUAAUGUCUGCUUUGAUUGUGAUUAAUGAACUGAAUUUAUCCUACUCUAGUAUAGAUAAAAAGAAAACUGGAAUUAUGCAUAAAUUCAUGAUGCAUUCAUGACAUACGCAUUUUUUUCAUUUGAUAUUUACAAAUGUGUGUGCACUGAAUCUAGAAGGUCGGUUACAUGCUCAGUUUGUCAGUUGAGCUCUUUAUUGAGGAUAUAUCAUAUUACUACAUAAUAAUAACUGACAUUUGUUGAGCUCUUAGCAUGUGACAGGUGCUGAGCUAUAUGCUUCGAAACGUGUUCUCUCAUUUAAUCCCCACAUCAUCUUAUGCUCUAGGAACUCUUCUCAUAGACUCUUUUAUAGACGAGGAGACUAAAGCUUAGAGAGAUCAAGUGUUGGGAGCUGGCAUUGAAAUCCAAGGAGUCCUUCUCUAGAGUUUAGGUUUAACAACCAUGUUGAACGGCCUGGGCCUGCUACUUACAUGCUUCUUAAAAAAUGAGGCUAUUAUCUAUCAACUUUUUUUUUUCUAAUUUUACUCCUUUAGUUGGUCAGUUAAAUAAUCACUUCCAUAAUCUUAUUCUUAAAGCUCAUUGGACCUAUGCUAUGGCAUACUUAUGUCCUUGCAGUGGUGCUGGGGAAUCAACACACUUUUGAGAGUCUUUUUCCCCUCCCUGCUUUAAUUUUACUUCUCAGUAGCUAGUGUGACCAUAAAAUUUAUCAUCCAGAUGCUGAGAAUGAAAGAAGGUGCUAUUUCUGAUUUCACCAGGACAUCAGGCAGAAGUGGACUGCGUGGUCACACUUUUAGCCUGCAGAGGGGAGCUAAGUACUUUCCGGAUGCUCUAGCCUACAUAUAGCAGUAGCAUCUGUGGCAAGUUUAAACAAAAAACAGAAAUUCACUUUCAGGGAAAGAAUUACUUUUAGCAAAUGCCAGGUGUGUCUAACUAUAAAGAAGUGCCUAUAAUGAGACAAUUUAGUAAGCUUAAAGAUUUAUUACUUUCCAAAUGUAAUAUGAUUAUGAUUUAUUAUUCAAAAGUGUGAUUCAUAAAUUGUAAGAGAAGCUGGAAAAGAAAGUCAUGUUUUUCAUGGCCUGUGAAAUGAACUGGUCAGUUCUCUCAACUUGCUUAUCUUCUUGAUUAAUGUGUUGCAUUAAUAAUAUCUGUGUGAUUCUCAAUGAAUCAGGAAUGCCUGAUUAUGCUUUUGCAAUAAAAUUUACUUAGGAAAUU